GUACAUAAAUCAACGUGUGUAACUUUCACCCACUCUCCCCAGCGUGUGUUGUCUUGCAGCAUGGCCUCCUCUGCGAAAAGAAGAGCGAUCGGAAGCGGAGAAAAUCCUGAAGACAGCGAUGACAGUUCGGAUGAAGGAUUAGAGGAUUCCGGAGAGGAGAGUGACAAUUCAGACGGAGAAAUAAACGAGGAAGUUGAGGUGGAUUUUGAGGCGCACGCGAUCUCGGGCAACGAUUUCAACGGCAUUAAGAAACUGCUUCAGCAGCUUUUCCUGAAGUCGCACGUGAACACCUCGGAGCUCACUGACGUCAUCAUCCAGCAAAAUCACAUAGGCAGCGUCAUCAGGCAAGCUGAGGUGCCGGAUGACAGCGAUAAUGAGGACCCAGACGAAGUGUUUGGGUUUAUCAGUAUCAUAAAUCUGACUGACCGAAAGGGUAUGGAGUGUGUGGAGCAGAUUAAGGAACUGGUUUUGGGCCAGUGUGAGAAGGUGUGCUCGGCCGCUGCGCAGGAGCAGUUUCAGCAGGUUAUGGAGGACACGUCUAAGAACGUUGGCCUGCUGCUCAGUGAGCGAUUUAUCAACGUCCCCCCACAGAUCGCCCUACCCCUCUACACACAACUGCUUGAGGAGAUGUCUGAAGCACAGAGGACCAAUAAACCCAGUGGGAAAUGUCACUACUGUCUGAUGAUCAGCAAAACAUGCCAAGAAGCCAAGAAGAGCGUCCCAGCACGAGGGCAGGCCAAAGACAUGCCCAUGUUCGUUAACGCAGAGGAGGAGUUCUUUUACGAGCAAGCGGUGGUGAAGUUUCACUACUCCGUCCAGGAGGAAGCUGAUUCGUGUCACUCAGGACGAUGGUCAUUUGAUGACGUACCUAUGAAACCCUUCCGGACAGUGUGUCUGAUCCCCAUGGAGAGAAUGCCAGUAAUUAUGGACAAGCUAAGGGACUAUCUCACAAUCUGAACACAACCACUCUUCCUCUUCAGCCUUACGUGUCCUAGUCUUUCAUCCCUUUAUAACACACCCUUGUUAGAGACAGUGAUGGACUACUGUGUGGACGCAGCCAGGCUCGGCACAUACGAGCGCUCUCGCUGUUGAUAGAAUAUCCAUCAGGACCUCAAAGUCUUCUGAACGCCUUCAAUUAAACACGUUUUACCAAGA